CUUCACAAAAGUGUACUGAACAUUUUUGAAGAAAUGCUUAGCUUAAAAAACUAUUUGGAUGUUUUUGAAAAGGAUUAUUAUAUAUAAACCACAAAUUUUCAGAGUUGGAAUUUGGAAAUGAAGGAAAAGUAAAGAAAAGCAGUAGAACAUGAAGUCAAGCACUGAUUUGCAUCAUUCAAAAUCGGAUGUACAAGCAAUAAGUAGUAGAAGGAGUACCCGUUCACGCAAUGUUAUUUCUGAUGAUACUACAAGUCCUACUAGUAGUAGUAACAAGCUGUCUAAUCUGAGGAGCCAAGUGAAUAUUGAAAAGAUCAAACAAAUUGCUUCAGAUCCAUUAGAUAUAGGCCAUCAUUUUGAUGAUAGUCAUAAGGAUGCAAAAUGUGGUGAUUGUAAACAAACUGUUGAUCCAGUCCAUAACACUAGUGUACAUGAAGAGCCAAAAUUCAAGAAAAAUAUUUCUAAAAUGGAUUCCAGUUAUACUUUUCCUGAAAAAAGUAUUUUGCAGCCAGAAGAUGUUACAAAAGUUUUCAAAAUAUUAUCCAAACCAAAUACAUUGGAGCAAAGUGAUUUGAAAUCUGGAAGGUCAGUUUUAAAAACCUAUUGCAAGCAAAUGAACUCUUCUUCAAAUUCUCAGGUGAUUGAAAGUUUUGGUUUACCAGAUAAUCCAAUAGUAUCUCAGAAUGAGAUGCUGACUUCUACAAUAGACAUUGAAAGUAUUGAUGCAAGUGAAAUUACAUUAUUGGAUGUUGAAUUGAGUCAUGAACCUUGGGAGUUCCCCAACAUUAGUGGAGAACAUUUAUUAUCAAAUUUGGAGGAAAUCAGAUUCAAAGAACAUCCACAGAAAUUGCACAUAUUUGAAACAUUCUCAGAUAACUUGAGAGAUCAUGAUUUAGAGGAACAUGAGUAUGUUUUCACCUCUACCCCAAGAGUAAGAUCAAGCCAUGGGCCAAAGAAGGAUAGAAGUGUGAAUAUUGAUUUUCUGAAAAGUAGUUUGAGGAAGGUGUUGAAUGAGAAAAUAUAUGAUCAGGUGGAAUCUAGUAAAACUGUUGGCAGUAAAAGAAGUAAAACCAAUCUUGUUCAUUAUAAUAGCCUUGAUCAUGAAAAUGAAGAAGUUGAGAUAUUCAAUACAUCCAGAAUCAGGCCAAGUUCAGUGUCACCUAUUAAAAAUAAGAAACCAAACAAAUUAAACAAAUUCAAAUCUGUUGACAAGAUUCAUCCUAAUAAUGAAGAAACGUCAAAAUCUGACUCAACUAAAGGAGCAGAUGGUACUGAUAAAGAGGUAGAUAUUAUUUCACACAAGAAAAAUGGUCAAUAUAGUUCACAGAGCAAAAAGCUCCUAAGAAGUCUUGAUAUAGGAAUGGAAUUCAAACUUGAGGAACCUUUUGAAUCCCCUAGAAGAGUUUUGAGGUCAAAAUCAUGCCUAGACAUUUUUCAAGAAAACAUCUGUAUCAACCUACCACCCAAACAAAAUUCCAGAUCAUCAACAAAGAAAUGGUUAUCUGUCAGUCAGGAUAAUGUUAGUAAUGGAAUGAAGAAUGAUGGAAUAAAAGAAAAACUUCUGAGCAAAAGCCUACCACAACUCAAAGUGGUUCUAUCCCCAAUUGAUGCAUCCUUGGCUGUGAAAGAUUCACUUCAUUCAGACACUGGAAUGACCAAAAUCAACUCUACUAGAAAGAGUUUGCGUUCCUAUAAUGUUCCAGAUAAAAUACAUUCAGAUGAUAAUUCAUACACUGAACUUGUUUCUUCAAGCCCAUCUAAACAUUGUAACAUUUCUGAGACCUGGAUUCAAUCUAUAAGAAAUCUAGAAUGUUUAGGAAUAGCAAGUAAACCUGGUCCACAUCCUCAAAUUUUUGAUGAUAACUCAUCUCUGGAUACCAUUAUUAGUGUCAAAGUAAAUUAUGAUACCAAAGAUAGUAUAGAAAGCACCAAACCUCAAAGUAAUGAAGAUCAAGUUUCUAAUUCAUGUGAGAUGUUCCAAGAAUUUGUGAAUCACACUGAAUUAAAUAAAAAUGGACUUUCAAAGAAUCAUAUGAAACUGUGCCAAGAUUUAUUGAAGAAGAAACAUAGUUUAUCACAUGGAGUUGAGGCAAUAACAGUAAAUGAGAAAAUCCUUGACAAAUUAAGAAAAGAAAAUUCAACAGUAGACAUACAAGCUUAUUUGAAAACAACCAAGCAAACUAGAUUGAAUUCUAAGAUGAUAAUUGAUGAAAUUGAUGAAGCUUCCAUCAAAUUACAGACAAGUGAAAGUAUUCUUCAGACACUACUGAGUGGAGAACAAAACAUAGUUGAUGAGAAGUCACAUCUCAAUGUUUCUGAAAUGAAUAAUUCAAAUAAUGAGUCACAUAUCACAAUUCACAAAACUGAUUUUCCUGAAAACUCAGUAAACUCUUGUGAAAGGAAACAAGAAACAGUUAUUGAUAAUUCUCAAGCAGACAUAGAUUAUAAAUUUGAUCAAAUUGAAUCAUCAUUUGAAAAUGUUGAAAAUAGAACCCUGAAACCAAUACCAACUGAGAAAUCAACAUUAUCAACAAAACAAAAAAGAGGCAGAGGUAGACCAAGAAAACAAAUUCCAACUAUUGAGAAUCCUAUAUCUACAGCAGAUUCUGAAAAUUCAUUUCAAAAAGUUCAAAAGGGUCUGAUUUCUUCUGGCAUCAAAUCAUCAUCUCAUGUUGAAAAUGAUAUUAACAAUCAUGUUCCUGCAGAUACAAAAUGUGUGAGGAAAAGUUCCAGACAAAAUAAACUUGUAGUUGAAGAUAAAAUACCUCUUAAAAAACAAUAUUCCCUUGAUAAUAAAAAAAAUGAAAAAUCGGAUGAAUCAAAAUUGAGUUCUACUAAUAUUACAAGGGCAGCCCAAACAAUAUAUGAACUAGAAAAAAAAACAAAUAUUGAAACUAAUUUAUGUACCAGUAAGUCAUCCAGCAAAACAAUUUAUAGGACAAAAGAUGGAAAAUAUUGUAGAAAAAAUGAAUCACAUCUUGAUGAAUAUCUGAUGAAUGAAAGUUCUAUAUUAUCUACAAGAAGGACCAGAAAUACAGAAGAAUUCUAUGCAAAAAUUAAGAGAGAUGAAGACACAAAUAUGAAAGACAUCUCCUCAACACAGUUUGUAAUCAACAAUGAAUUAUUGGUUUUUUCCAGUGGUGAUACAAAAUCUCCUGAUAAUGAAUUUUCUAGAACAAAAAAUCCUGAGAACUUCAAGAAAUCAGUAGAAAGUGAAAUAUUAUCCACCAUGAAUCAUGUUACUGAAACACACAGGAGAAGUCAUGGGAUACCUAGUGGUAGACCUCGUGGUAGACCUACUGGUAGACCUACUGGUAGACCUCCUGGUAGACCUCGUGGUAGACCUGUUAGACCUAGUAGUAGACCUAGUGGUAGACCUCGUGGUAGACCUAGAAAAAUUAUACCUGUAGAUUCCGGGGAAAAUAAAAUAUUGUAUAAGAAUGAUUCUACCACAUCUGAUGAACAAGCAAAUGUUUCCCUCAGUGGUGCAGAAGAAGGUAUUUCUCUUACAGAAAUAUCUUUGAAAUCUCUUUUCAAUUCACAAAACACAAUUGCAGACCUUGUCAAAAAACGUUGCAGAUCACUAAAGAAUUACAAACUUUCAAGAAGCAAAUCCAUAGGCAAAAAACCAGCACCUGAAGAUCAUGAGGUAUCCCAGAAGUUUGAAGAUUCAAUUGAAGCUCUGACAGACACAUCUGUACUAAGUUCUGAAACUUCAGUGGAUUCAUCAGACAUAAAUAAAACACAAGAAAAUCAUGGGAGCCUUGGUUGUAGAGAAAUAUUAGAGACUGAUAAAGAACAAGAUAACCCUAAACAAAUUGAGGUGAAUCAAUCAGCAAUGCCAGAUUAUGCCAUAGAAAAGGAAGAAACCAAUAGGAGUAUCCAGGGAAAAUCAGUACAAGAAGAAAAUGAGGGAGGACAUAUUAAAGUAGAAGUUCAAAGUAAUAAGAAAAACAUAGACACCAUUGAAUGUGAGAAAAAAAUUUUAGAAACAUCAGAAACAAUUGAAAAGGGAACCUCAUAUUGUUGGAAAGAAGUACAUGACAGUGAAAGGAGUACUGACAAAAACUUUAGAACACAAGAUGAGAGGCCAAAUAAUCCAGUCAGUGUCCCACAAGAAAAAAGAGUUGAAGAUAUAAGAAACAAGAAAGUAGCAGAUACAUCCAGAAUGCAUAAUGAGCAGACACAAGAUCUAGAAAUGUUGGAGACAUGUAAUUACAAAAUAGUUUCCAGUCAGAACUAUUUGAAUGUUAAAAAUGGUACUAAAGAUACUACAGUGAAGAAAAUAAAUGGUAAAGAGAAUAAUAAUGUUGGCCAAGAAAUUUCAUACCCAUGUUACAAUUCACUUGUUAAUAACUUCAAUGAAAAAAGUUAUUUCAACACCAACAUGAAAACCAGUAACUUCAUAGUAGGAAAUGGAGAUGAAAAAGAAAUUGAAAUUGGAGAUAAGAAUAAUUCAAGCAGAGAUUAUAUGGGAGAAAAAGAUUUGGCUCAAAAAGAAAAUCACCAGGGAAUUGAAGACAACUCCAUACCAACAUCAGACAUCACUGAAAACCAUAUAGAAAAUGAAUGUCCAAAUCAAUUAAGAAGAAUGAUAAAUAUGGAUGAUGAUGAUGAUGACAUUAAAUAUAAGAGUAAUCUAGAACACUAUUUGAAUAAUGAAUGUCCAAAUCUGUUGAAAAGAAUAGACAUGGAUGAUGAAGAUAUGAAAGAUAAGACUAACUUGAAGGGAAUAACAGAGACAGCACAAAGUGAUCAGGAAGGUGAAAUUGCAGAAAAUUGCGAAUAUGACACUGAAUGUGAAGAUGACAUGAUAGUUGAGCCCACAUUUGACAAAAGUUCUCACAAACUCAUACUUCGAAGCAAAACCAGUCUAGGUGACAAAAUGAAAAGGAAUGAUCUUAAAGAUGCCACUCCAACACAAAGAUCAAAACAUAGAAGAUCUUCCCUUGAUCAGGUCCUCACUGAUGUUGACAAUAUAGAAGAACUAAAGGGGUGCAGAAGUAUUGAAACAUCUCUAAGAUUCUCCAAUAAAGUGAGAAUACUUGAUCCAGAUGCAGUCAAAGACAUCAGAGGAAAUGUCUUAAGGUUUAAAGUUGGCAGUAUAGCGUGGGCAAAAAUUGGAUCAUACCCAUUUUGGCCAUGUUUGGUGACUGAGGAACCAAGCACUGGAAUUUAUGUGAAGAAUAUUUCAUCGAGAUUCGUACCCAGAGUGUGUUAUCACGUCAUAUUUUUUGGUGACAACUGUAGAAGAGCUUGGAUCAGCAAACAUAAAAUGAUGGUUUAUACAAAUAGGGGCGAUUUAUAUGCAAUUCACAAUCAUCUGAAAAAAGAGAAUAAAUCCUGCAAAUAUCUACAAUUCUAUUCUGUGAGUAUACGAUAUCUAAACCGAUGGAUACUUGCUGUAGAUGAGGCAGAGAAGGUCAAAUUAAAACCUGAGGAAGAAAGACUUAGCUUUUUCAAAUCUCUUACCAUUGAGAAUGAAAUUAUAACUAUCAAAGACGAAGAUUCCCCUGUCAGAAAAAGGACGAGAUCUUCGCAAACGCUAGCUAGUGAUAUCGAUAAAGCAACAACAAAUCAAGAUUCCCCAGUUAAGAAAAAACAAAAGAAAUCAGAAAGUGAAUUGAACUUGAGGAAAAAUCAUGUUAAGAAUAUCCAUGAAUCAUCAGAACUAGACCUACAGGACAAAACCAAAUGUACUAAAAUGAAAGAUGUUGUUGAAUUACCAAACAGUAUUGAUGAAUCUGCUGCCAAGAGAAAAAAUAGACUAUGCAAAGCUCAAAUAAAAGACCCUUUCCCUUCCACUAGUGCUGCAUCAUCUACUGAGAAAAAAGUUCCUGCAAAAAAAAUUGAGAGGGUCAACAAGGCAUCAUCCGUAGGAGUUAUAACUUCAGUCCACGAAGACUCGGUUACAUCCAUUAAUCAAGAAUUAGUUACUGCAAUUGAUGACCUUCAGAAACUAGAUGACAUGGAAAAUGAACCCCACAACUUAUCAACUUUUUUUUGCGAGUCGAUGGAAGCACAGCACGCUUUGUUCAAAAGGAACAAUCUUUUCAAAGGAGUUUUGAAAGAAAAAGUGUGCCAGUACUGUUUCAUGUCGGGAGAUGUUCUCAAAUGCAAAGGUUGUAAUGCUGUUUAUCAUGCUGGAUGUGCUAUAGGAGUGUUACAGGAGUUAAUGAUUCCAAAGAGAAAAAAUAGGCUUUCCUAUCUCAAAGACGAAAAUUUGGUCGACGAGAAUAAAAUAAAAGUAGAAGUUGAAGACAAGGAAUUGCAUAUUAAAGAAAAUAAAGUGGAAUCUGAUGAUGACGACCAUGUUCAAAUAAUAACGGUGGCUUCUAGCGUAUACAACACUCCUCCAAGGAAAACAUUCCCACCGAAUUUCGAAAAUUUGUCCUUAGGGGAACAGAUCGAUUUCAAGAUGAAAGAAGUGAUGAAAAAGUUCGAAUCGAAAACUACAUACGCUGAAUCUCCCACUGACACUAGCUCAGAAGACAAUAAUUCUGUUGAUCAACUUCCCAGGACUGAAUCAAAUUCGAAAAGUCAUAUUGAGUUCCCACCAAUCAUCAAAGAUAAACGAAGGAGUUUAGAUAAUUUCCAGGGAUUUUCAAAACCAUUAGAAAUGGACAGUAGCAUUAAACCAACAAAAACCAUUAGACAUGUCACUGCUGAUUUAUCUUCAGAACAUACAGGUUCGUCGGAAUCAGAGGAUUUGUUAGAUAAACCAAGUUCAUCAGUAAUACAUGUGACAGCAGACUCACUAACAACAUUCAAUGGAGCAGCCAAGGAGUCGGGACCAAAUUCCGUGAAGAACAUGAGGAAUAAGGUGGAAAAAACUCAAAAACUCGUGACCAAGCAUGUAACUGCCGAUUGUGGCAGCUUCGAGACCGUAGAUUCAGAAAACUCCAACAGCAAUUUCAGCCACCUGACCAAACAGAGUGAAACGUCCGAAACCACCGAUAGUGCAAAAUCGAUGAACCCCAAACAUUUCAAAUGUGGCUUCUGCAUCGAACAAAUGGACCCUUACUGCUUUGUUUGCCACCAGGCUGUUUCCAUAAAAGGCUCGGGUAUUCGACACAAGUGUUCUCUGUACCAGUGCAGCAGGUUCUACCAUCCAGAAUGCUUGAAACUGUGGCCUCAAACGCAGUGGUCAUUGAUUCAAACCACCAAAAAUCGGUACUCGCAGGAAGAAAUCGAUAGCUUCGUGUGUCCGCAACACGUCUGCCAUACCUGCGUCUCGGACGACCCUAGAGCUGCUACUUCCCGAUGUUCGGGCGAUAAAAUCGUCAAGUGUCAGCGUUGUCCCUCUACAUACCACUCUACUAGCCUUUGUGUACCUGCAGGAACAGAAAUCCUCAGUUCGACUCAAAUCAUAUGCCCUAGGCACCGAGACAAAAGCAAAAUGUACACCAUCAACACCACCUGGUGUUUCUUGUGCUCAGAAGGUGGCGCAUUGAUCUGCUGCGAGACCUGCCCUACUAGCGUCCAUCCUGAAUGCAUGCCUCAAGUCAACCUGACCGAAGACGAAAAGUUCAUUUGCGAAGAGUGCGAAUCCGGCAGGCUGCCGUUGUACGACGAGAUCAUUUGGGUGAAAUUGGGCAAGUACAGGUGGUGGCCGGGACUCAUUCUGUUCCCCAACGAGAUACCCGUGAGAGUCGUGAACAUGAAACACAACGUGGGCGAAUUCGUCGUCAAGUUCUUCGGGACCUACGAUCACUACUGGGUGAACAGGGGUAGGUCGUUUUUAUUUCAGGAGGGCGAUACUGGAGAUUCGGGGUCAAGGGUGUCGAUCAAGAAGAAAGUAGAGCAGGCUGCUUUCAAGAAGGCAGUGGACGAGGCUGUUGUUGUGCACAAACUCAAAAAAGAAUUCAAACUAAAAAUGGAAGGAGAAUCAUUGAAUUCCCAAAAACCUCCCCCCUAUAUCAAGAUCAAAGUCAAUAAGCCCGUGGGAAAUGUAAGGUAUAUGGAGUUGGAUUUGAGUAACACCACUGCGUGUGAUUGUAAUCCUAGAAAACGUAAUCCCUGUGGGCCAGAUAGUGACUGUUUGAAUAGGUUACUUUUAACAGAGUGCAAUCCUGAAGCUUGUCCAGCAGGAAAAAGCUGUAAGAAUCAGUCCUUCGAAAAACGAGAUUAUCCUCCGAUGAUACCCUACAAGACCCAGGGCAGAGGAUGGGGAUUGAAAUGCCUAGCUGCCAUAAAAAGGGGGCAAUUCGUUAUAGAAUAUGUGGGGGAAAUAAUCGAUGACGAAGAAUACCAACGCAGGAUACAAAAAAUGCAUCAGCAGAAGGAAGAGAACUAUUAUUUUUUAACUAUUGAUCAGAACAGGAUGAUAGAUGCUGGACCAAAAGGUAAUAUGGCGAGGUUCAUGAAUCACUGUUGCCAACCGAAUUGCGAGACUCAAAAAUGGACAGUCAACGGCGACACGAAAGUUGGUCUGUUUGCUACCAAAGAUAUACCAGCUAAUACAGAGCUAACAUUCAAUUACAACCUUGAAUGUACCGGUACGGAAAAGAAAAUAUGUCGCUGUGGAGCUCCAAAUUGCAGUGGAUUCAUCGGAGCCAAAGCUAAACAAGACACUGAGCUUAAGAAACCAAAGAAAACUUAUAAAAAGAAGGAACCCGUCAAACCUUUGGCUUUGCCUCCUUGUUUUAUAUGUAAGAGGAGGGGAGACGUGGGAGCUUGUAACAAUAAAAUGUGCAACAAAGCAUACCAUUUGAAAUGUCUGAAUUUGACAGAAUGGCCCGAAGGAAGUAAGUUUGCGUGCCCUUGGCACAAUUGUAAUACUUGCUCUAAGAGGACCAUAAGAUGCUGUGUCAAGUGCCUGAAUUCGUUUUGUCCUACCCAUUCAGAAGGAAAUGUUCGAUACGAUAAUCUUCUAGGAUUUGUUUGCAAUUAUCAUGAUCCCAGCAAACCUGGAAAUGAAAAAAUAUCAUCCAGAAAAAAGCAUAAAGUAAUCAAUGAUGAAAUGGCGGUAUCUUCAACAACUCAAGAUGAUUUCCUUUACACUGAUUCCGACGAUAUUCCAUUAUCUCAUAGAUUCCCGGAGAAAAAUAACAAUAAAAAUGGCUCUUCAGAUAGCGACGAAUUCGAGCUCUAUAGAUUCAGAGCUGUUCCUGUCAAACAUAGAUACCGUCGAAGAAAAAUGAAAAAAAUGAACACUUCAGACACGGACGAUGACGACGUUAGCCUAGCUAACUCAUCUAGUUAUGUCCCAUUGAGAAAGAUGGAGGAGGAAAACGACCAUUCUCAAGAUGAGACAGUCUCCAGUGCCACUGCUUCUGAUUUUGAGGAGGAGAUGCUCAGAAAACGUAAGAGGAGGAAAUCUAAGAAAAAUGCUCGAGGUCGAAAGAGAACUAAAUUUCAUUCUAGCUCGGACCCAUCUGUCACUGCCAAUAACCAUGAUUUAAAUAAUGUAAAUUCCGAUUUCAGUAAGCAUGCCAUGGAUAGUAAUAGGUUGUAGUGUUAUAUAGGAGAAAAACAAAUAGUUGUGUAGGAUAGGAUGUACCUCAUUAUAACUUUUUCUUGAUUGAGUUGAAUUUUAUCGGGUUAUAUGUACAUUGCCAAUGAAAAUAUUAUUUAUAUUUAUUGAAAGCUAAACAUUUUAAUUUCAAUAGACACUUUUUAUAUGUAUA